AUGGAGAACAAGAUGAAUGGAUAUGAUGAGCAACAUCGUCCUAUCUCAUUGAUUCCAGAGGAGGGGAGCCAGGCAGAGCGCGUCAGUGCGGAACUGUUGGCAGCGUCAUUGAGCAAGAGCGUUUUGGCCAAGGAGGUUUUGAGGCUGAAGCAGCUUAGAGAUGAUCUGACUCUUGAAGGAGGGGAUCAUUCAGACUUGCUGCAGCAGCGCAUCAAACAGCUCAAGCAUGAGAUCGACGCUGAGGAGGAUAGGGCUAUGGAGGAGAUCUCGAUGCUUGCGCAGGAAAUCGCCGAGACGCGGGACGUGCUCCUGUCGUUCCAUGAGCGAGAGGAGGAGGCGAGGACGAGAGUGCAAGGUUGGAAACCGACCUCCUCCAGCCACCAGCCUGCCAGCCUGCGGCAGAUGGCCUCAGAACAGGACCUGUACAUCUCGGAGCGCUGGCUCAGAGAGAUGCGGAGCGGCGACUCGAGGUUCAUCAGGAAGGUGGCUGACCUGAAGAGCAGGCUAGCUGAGACCAGCAUCGAGUUCGCCUCCCCCGUUGAGCGCACGACGGCCAAGGUGAGGAACUUCUUCAGGGACAGCAACGCGAGGCUCAAGGUGGUGGCGGAUCGGAUCAACGCAGUGGCGGUAGAGCGAGACUUGCAUGCUCUUGUGCUGGACCUGCUCCACGACAACGCCAACCUCCGCAUCACGAUCAACGACUACGCCGAGGGCCUGCUGGCCAACACGUUUGACUCGCUCUCUGCUAGGGAUCGUCAGACCCACAACUUCGGGAGGCCGCACAACCAUGUCGAGUCUGUGGUUUGA